GUGAAGCAGUCAGUGGGCUCAGCAAACAGAGUGAGGAGGAGAGAAGAAACAAUAUCGUGUUUUAUGGACGUAUGAGCCGUUUUCUUUUAUCUUUUAGCGCCUCGACGUGACGCUGAGCUCUCAAACUGGUCGUCUGUCAUCUCUGGUGGCCCAGCAGGGCUGCAGUUAGCUGCUGACGAUGGUGAAGGUGUUUCGCAGUCCGGCCCGUCACGGCUACGCUGUGGAAGUGUCUCCGUUCAUCCCCAACAGAGUGGCCUGCGCUGCCUCCCAGUACUAUGGAAUAGCUGGUUGCGGCACGCUGUUGGUCGUGGAUGAGACAGAGGCCGGGGUCGCUUUAGUGAGAAGCUGGGAGUGGGGUGACGGUCUGUUCGACGUGGCGUGGAGUGAAGCUAAUGAACACGUCUUGGUGGCCGGAGGAGGAGACGGCAGCCUGCAGCUGUGGGACACAGCCAAUCAGAGCGCUCCGCUGAGGGUGGUCAAAGAACACACACAGGAGGUGUACGCUGUGGACUGGAGCCAGACCAGAGGAGAGAACCUCAUCGUCUCUGGAUCGUGGGAUCACACUGCCAAAGUGUGGGACCCAACUCUCAGCCGAUCACUGACCACACUCAGAGGUCAUGAAGGGGUCGUCUACAGCACCAUUUGGUCUCCCCACAUCCCAGGAUGCUUUGCGUCUGCUUCAGGUGACGGGACGCUCAGAGUUUGGGAUGUGAAGGGCGCUGCGUGCCGAUUGGCCGUUCCAGCACACAAGGCUGAAAUCCUCAGCUGUGAUUGGUGCAAAUAUGACCAGAAUAUUGUGGCUACAGGCUCCGUAGACUGCACUGUGUGUGUGUGGGACCUGAGGAACGUCCGGCAGCCCGUCAAUCAGAUGUCGGGACACACCUACGCCAUCCGCAGAGUCAAGUUCUCUCCGUUCAGUAAGACGGUGUUGGCGUCCUGCUCGUACGACUUCACUGUCAGAUUCUGGGAUUACAGCCGAAACCAGCCUCUCCUGGACACUGUUGAACAUCAUUCAGAGUUCGUGUGUGGAUUAGACUUCAACCUGCAUAUCCCCAACCAGGUGGUCGACUGUUCGUGGGAUGAGACGGUGAAGAUCUACACACCUGCCUGCCUGUCUGCUGCAGCUCACAGUACAGCACCUUAAAGCACACACACUUACACCGGUCUGAGGAUGUUGUGUUUAAUGAAUGUACCAUAGCUGGUACCUACCAAACCCCGGCAUUUAUUCUUAAGUUUGAUCAUGAACUCCAUCUAUUUCAUCCCAAACAUUAAAGCUUGAUAGCUGGACGGUUAGGGCGCAUGUUAAGGAUGUUACGAGAACCAACAUUUUGGCACCAAAUUGAUUUAUGAAAACAUGACAUAGUUUCAUGUGUUUCCAUGGUAACACAGUUAGUGAGGGUUUUUUUUUUUUACUACAACAGCAGCAUGUGGAAUGAUGGUGCUAAGUUGUGUGUCUUUUGCAGCAUUUUUCCUCACACAACCUCCACCAAUGCUACAUUAUUAAUAUUGUUUGGCAAACGCCGUCCUGCCGAUAUCUUGCUUAAGCUAACAUAGUGCCUAACAUAAUCUCAUUUAGACCAACGUAGCAGCUAAUGUUAUCUUUUUUAAGCUAAUAUCGCAGCUAAUACUAUCUUGUUAGGGCUAGCAUAGCGCCUAACAUUACCUUGUUUAACACAGCGGUUAACAAUAUCUAGUUUGCGCUAAUGCAGCUGCUAAUGUUAUCUUGUUUAGGCCGUUGUAGUGGCUAACGUCUUGUUUAGGGUAAUUUAGUGGCUAAUGUUAUCUUUUUUUAAGCUAAUAUCACAGCUAGUACUAGCUUGUUAGGGCUAACAUAGCGCCUAACAUUACCUUGUUUAACAUAGCGGCUAACAAUAUCUAGUUUGCGCAAAUGCAGCUGCUAAUGUUAUCUUGUUUAGGCCAGUGCAGUGACUAACGUCUUGUUUAGGGAAAUUUAGCGGCUACUGUUAUCUUGUUUACGCUACCGUAGCAGCUAACAUUAUCUUAAUAAUGUUAUGACGUGAGCUGACGCUGCUUAUAACGUAUCUAGCUAGCUUAGCAUUUAGUCGAUAAUAAUGUAACAUUGUGUACGCCGGUGUUAACACAUUAUACAGCUUUUAAAAAAGAAAUUAAGUAAUUUAUGCUAAAAUAUAUCACUGGGAAUACGUUUUAGUUUAUUUUUGUUUUCAAUUUACUUUUAGAACUGUGGAAUUUUAAUGUUUUUGGUACCAAACAUCAUAUUCGUGGUAUCUCGUGACGUCCCUACAUGCUGCCCAACCGUCCUCUGUGUGAUCUCAGCUGAGGACCUUUGUUGCAUCACAGUCCCUCGUUCCUCUCGUUUCCCAGCUGCCUGCUCACCGCAAAUGUCAAAAAAGAGCAAAGCAACAACAACAACAGUUUUGCCUGUGUUAUCCCCAGAUACAGACACACACACGUACAGUACGCACACACAUGAUUAUCAGCAGCUCUGAGACUUUGAUUUAACUUUCAUACUGGAACGCUUCAAAAAGUUUCACCGUAAACCCUGAGAACCAAAACACGUGUUUGCAGUGAGGAGAUAAAACCAGUGUGUGUGUUUGUUAUCAAAGUUAAAACCUCACACCAGUGUGAGGCAGAAAAUAUGUUCUUCCAUCGUCUAGUAACAUUUGUUUUUUAAUUCUGAGAUAAUUUCCUGUAAGAGCUGGAGUUUAUUGGGAUGUUUGAGAACAGUCUCAAUCAUGACAUUAUUGCAUUUAACUCAAACUGUGAUGCUCUGAAUCAGGAUGUCCAUGAUGUCCAUGUAAUUAUGCAUUUCUGCUUUAUCUCUGUGAUAUUCAGGUAAUCAUCAGAACAAAUGUCAGCCGUGACUAAUUUCAACUUUAGUACAUGAUCAGUGUAAAUGUGCCUGUUGAUGAUGAUGAACAUGACCUGUAUGUGCAGUGCCUUCAAUAAAGCAGCAAAUGUCACUGUUGACUGUAACAGUGACCUUUGCUAUAACAGUGA